AUAUUAUUAAUUGUAAACAUAAAAGUUCUUUUUUUAAAAAACGAAAAUUACAAGAAUAAACAUUCGUUUAUAAAAAAUAACUCAUUUUUAUAAAUAAUAUAUCUGUAGUGAAUGACUAUUAUUCGAAAUUUAAUAAAGAUCAAUAAAAUAAGUUAUGUUUAUCGUAAAAUUCCAGAAGGCAGAAUGAAUCGAAUGAAUUGUUUACAGAAAAUAUAAAACGUGGCUUUAAAUAUAAAUAAAAUAAUUCUAAUUGUAAACAAUGGCUUUUUACGAUAAUCAACACUGGCUUUUGUCCCACAUUAGGGACAGCUUUAUAAGCACAGAUGAUACAGGAAUGUGUGAAAUGGUAAUGGCAGGAGAAGAUAUUCCUAAAAUACUUCACUCAAAUGGAACACUUCAAUGUUAUCCAGGAAUGGAGGAAAGUGACGAAGAGGAUUUAGACGCUUUAUCAGAAUCCUAUGACAUUUCAUUUGAUAUGGAAUACAGUCAUCGACAGCGAUCAAAUACUGCUCAACGAUUGGAAAAAAUGGAUAUCGAAAGGAAAAAGGCAUCGAAAGUAAAACACAUAAAAUGGGAGAAUAAUUCUGGAAUUCUGACAAGUGAAAAGCAACAAGAACUAUUUCAACGAAAGGACUUUCGGAAAAAUGAUAAUAAAGCGAAAAUAGGUUCCUUGUUAUCGGAACAAAUUGAAAAAUGUCCUAAACUUCCACAAAAUCCUUUCACCAAAUACGCACGAUUCGAUGGAAACGCUCAAGUGGGAGUUCCGGUACGAAAAUACAGAAUAUUUAUGUGCAUGCUACCGAAAGAACAAAGAUCCUAUCCUCUUCAAGUCGUUGUCAUAAUGAGCGCAAAAGUACAGGACUUCAUUGGAUUAAUAUGCUACAAAUAUGCCUGCAAUCAUUACGAUCAUACACUAAAACAAGACAUUAGCCAGUACGGUCUUUACAUAACAGAAGACGAUGGAGAGGUAGAUUGGGACUUUCCUUGUUUGGAUCCACGCGAAACAAUAUCGAAAUUUGAAUUUACAACAUUGGGUUUAGUGGAAAUGAAACCAAGCGAUAAAGCCCGGCACGACACAACAAAAACAAUCGUAACAAAAGAUGUCGUGGAAGAUAAAAGGGAGAGAGAGCGAGAUAUAGCCGCUGAAGAUUUAGCCAAAAUGGAAGGCCAUACAACGGCAAUGGAAGCACCGCUUUAUCAAUUAUAUAGGGUAUACAUAAUAAACAAAGUACGAGCUAAAACUGAAAUACAUCUCGGUAUUUCGGGGGAGAAAAUAGAAAUCGAUCCAGUGAUAACGGGAAAAGGAGCCGGUCGCUUCUGGAGCAAACAGCGUGCAGUCAGUUAUCACAUCGAUCGAAUCGCUUGGUGCGAACUCAUCGAAAAUAGAGGAUCAAAAACAAUUUUUACUCUCGUUUACACAUCACAGAAUUCCAAUCCCGAAGGUUUCAUUGUUUCCUCCAGUCAUCCUCUUCAUCAGUCAGCAUCUUUCAAAAAUCACGAAUUCGAAGCCGAUUCUGCCACUGCCGAGGAGAUCGUAAAAAAAAUCAAUCACAUUCUCGAGCUACGAAGUAGUUUAUCAAGAAAAGAAUUUCUCGCUCAAAAGGAACGUAAAGCCGCGAGACGAAAGAGUUUUCAUUUACACAGAUGACGACUCUAUUUUAUAGUUCACGAAAUUUUUGAAUUUUUGAAAAAUUUUACAAACACCGAAACAAAUCUAAACAGUUUACUCUGACAGAUUUUUCAAACUGAAAAUAUUUUCACCCCAAAAAACAAGCUUCACUAUACGCUAAAUAUUCUCUCUAUCGUCUACAUUUGUCAAUUUUAAUUUUCCAAAGAAAGAAAAAAUCCGAAAUAUUCGAAAAUUCACGACAAUUUCUUUUCACUUUCGCGAAAUAUAUUUUAAUAUUUUAAUAUUUUAAU